CUUCCCUGUUUUGGCCUUAUGGGACUGCGUCAAAGUUAACAAUACACAGAGCUGUCUGUCUGAAAGGUGAGUUUUCAAAGUGCCCAAAGUCCACAUGCAUAGGCAGACCCACUUGAAAAUUAGACAGAGUAGUUUAGAAAUAAAUAGUUUUCUAAACCUGGAGUCAUUUGGUUAAGGAAUUCAUGAGAUACAUCCCCGCUCAGUCCCAAAUUAACCUUGUUUGAAAAUUUGCAGGAUCUCAUAACACAUUUUAGUCACAAAACUGGGGGGAGGAACGAUCAAAAGCCACAGAAAACAUCCAUCACUGAACUGCUCUUAAGAUCCAGCACAGAGUACCCAGAAAUUCAAACUUUAUUAGAUAUUCAUUCAGGUUCCAAGAAAUGUUGCACAGGACAGCUCUGAGGAUUAGUAAAUUAGAGACACAAAUUGCUGCAAUUUGUAAAAAAGACAGCAUUCUUAGCUUCUUAAAAUUCACAGGAAGACUCAGAUUAUCUGGAGAAAUUGUAUGACAGUGGAGGACGGUAGAGUGGGGGAAAAUAUUCUGUGACAACUUAUUGUUUCCUUUUCUUCUUCAGGAUGAAAACUAGCCAAAAAACAGUGGGAAGAAACAGCACAACAAUCACUGGAUUCAUUCUCCUUGGUUUUUCUGACAUUCCCAGCCUGCAGCAUUUAUUGUUUUCAGUGUUUCUGGUCACCUACAUAGUCACCUUGGCUGGAAACCUUCUAAUCAUUGUCCUCACAUUGGCUGACCCAGCCCUUCACACCCCCAUGUAUUUCUUCCUCAGGAACCUGUCCCUCUUGGAGAUGUGCUACACAUCAGUCAAUGUCCCCAAGAUGCUUGGAAAUCUGUUGUCUAGGGAUAAAGCCAUCUCUUUCAUUGGCUGUGCUAUGCAAAGAUAUUUCUCUUUUUUCCUUGGUGGGUCAGAGUGUUUUCUCUUGGCGUGCAUGGCCUACGAUCGCUAUGUUGCAAUAUGCAAGCCUCUGCAUUACCCCGUGGUUAUGAACAGGAAGGUGUCCACUGGACUGGCUGCGGGAUCCUGGCUCAGUGGUCUCCUCAUGUCCUUCGGUCACACCAGCAUGGUAUUCACUCUACCCUUCUGCAGAUCCCACGAGAUUAAUCAUUUCUUCUGUGACAUCCCUCCACUGCUGAAGCUGGCGUGUGGAGACACCUCUCACAAUGAAAUGGCUGUCUUCAUCAUGGCUUUUUUCUUUGUCAUCUUCCCCUUCAUGCUGAUCCUCAUUUCCUAUGUCUGCAUCAUCUCCACCAUCCUGAGGAUGCCAUCGGGAGAGGGCAGGAGGAAGUCCUUCUCCACCUGCUCCUCACACCUCGUAGUGGUGACACUGUUCUAUGGCUCUGCUUGCAUUAUGUAUCUGAAGCCCAAUUCCUCCUACUCAGCAGACACAGACAAGUUUCUCUCUCUGUUCUACACAGUCAUCACGCCGAUGCUAAACCCCAUCAUCUACAGCCUGAGGAACAAGGAGGUGAAGGGAGCAUUCUGGAGAAUGGUGUGGAGAAGAAGGUUCCAUUGAAUAAAGGAAAUUGCUUGACUGCAGAUGUCUCCAGCUCAAUUCUUUUAAGGGCUUUAUAUCUAUGUUAAGACCUUAUCUGGCCCCCUUAUCAUGGUAACUGAGCACCUCACAAUCUUUAAUGGAUUUAAUGUCACAUUGCCUCUGUGCAGUAGGAAAAUGCAAUAAUUUAAGUUUUAAAGAUGGAGCUGUGACAGGUUGAAUCACAGAAACCCCUUUGGGGACUGCCACCUCAUGUCCUGAGACUACCCCUGAGCCUGUUUCCCUUGGCAGAUAAAGACUUCAGUGCCCUGCCUGGUUUGAGCCAGACACGCUUGCCUGCUGCAAACAGAGACCCAGAUCUGAACAACGUCCCUGAAAAGUAGGCUUAAUUGAAAACAGCUUAAGAAGUGUUCCUGUCGCCAACACUCAGAUGCCCAACUCCCAGUGGGGUCCAA